AUGUCACUCAUUCGUCAAUCUAUACAUCGUAACUUAAAAUCGAUUACAAAAACCAUUCCUACAUCUUCAUUCAUAACACAAUCAAGUCUAAGAUUCAACUCCACAACCUCAUCAACAUCAUCAGCCGACCCAAAAAUAACUGAAAUAGUUAAUCAAAUUUCAAAAUUAACUCUCUUAGAAACUUCAAAUUUGAUCACAGAAUUAAAAAAUACAUUAAAUAUAUCAGAUAUUGCAUUACCAGUAGGAGGAUCAAGUGCUGCCCCAACACAACAAACACAAGUAGAAGAAGAAGUAACAAAAGAACCAGUAGAAGAAAAAACGAUAUUUUUAAUAAAAUUAGAAAGUUUUGAUCCAAAAUCAAAACCCAAAAUUAUAAAAGAAGUUAAAAGUUUAUUAGGUUUAAGUUUAGUUGAAAGUAAAAAAUUUGUUGAAAGUGCUCCUAAAAUUUUAAAAGAAAAUGUUGCAAAAGAAGAUGCUGAUAAAAUUAAAUCAACUUUAGAAGGAUUAGGUGCUAAAGUUUCAUUGGAAUAG